AUGGGUCCAAAUAUCCCAAAGGAUAAAUCAAUCAAGCGAGGCCUGGUCGGGCCUCCGGGGCCUCCUGGGCCUCAAGGGCCUCCGGGAGCUCCUGGGGCUGAAAUCACCCGGGAAAUUCUUCUGCAGGAGUUCAAGGAGAUCUUAAAAGAAGCCAUGGAGCAGCGAGCCUCCCAGCCGCUCCCAGCCCAGCCCAGCCCGCUGCCCCCGCUGCUGCUGGCCCUGUCCCAGCUCCCCCUGGCCCAGCGGCGCCUGGACCAGGCGUUCCACUGCCAGCUCAAGGCCCAGGUGCUGGUGGACAAGAAAACCUUGGUGGAGCUGCAGAACUUCCAGUCGCCCCUGGCCAAGGGCGCCUUCCUGCGGGGCACGGGGCUCGACUUGGCCACCGGCCGCUUCACCGCGCCCGUGGGCGGCAUCUACCAGUUCUCAGCCAACGUGCACAUCGACCACAGCGAGCUGAAGAGCAAAGUGCAGCUGCGAGCGCGGGACAACGUGCGGGUGCUGAUCUGCAUCGAGUCCCUGUGCCACAGGCACACGUCCUUGGAAGUCAUUGCUGGGCUGGAAAGCAACAGCAAAAUCUUCACAGUUUAUGUCCAUGGGCUGCUGCAGCUGCAGGUGAGGCUCUGA